GACACACACACACACACACAUCGGAGGAGAUAAGCUAUCUUCGUCUCAGUUACUAAGAGAACUCUUGAGGGGAGCAUUGUGCAGCUACUGAUCUCUCAGUGAAGGAACAGACGCAGCAUGCACACACUCUCUCUCCUCCUCAUCCUCCACCUUCUGAAGCCAGGCGUGUGUGAGUCCUGUUCCUGGUGGUCAGUCCUGCUGGGCUGGUGGUGAAGUAUGGAGCCCCUGCUUCGGCCAACUGCACCUCCGAUACGGUCACCUCUAUGGGCUGGGAGCCGAGCCUAGGAGAAUCUCAGCUCUUUGGCACUGAGGUGAAAGAGCUGACUUGGAGAGUAGACAGCCUGACUGACUGGAAUAUAAAGCCUCAAUGCUUUGAGAUCUCUGAGGUGGGAGGCCAUUGUGCCAGAGGGCUGAAAGUUACUGUUUACAAGCUUCCAGACAGAGUCUCCAUCAGAUAUUUAAACCACUCUGGUCCCGUGGUUGAGGGGCAUCAGUACUCUCUGCAUUGUCUUGUCCAGAACAUCGCUCCUAUUGAGCACCUCAGAGUGACCUUCUUCAAAGUCUCUACCAAUGGUGAACGGACAGUGUUAUACACACAACCACUGAACAACGACAUUCACCAAUUAAACAAUGACAUGAGGCAACCGGUGAACGAGAGCUAUUCCCUGCAGUUCUCCCCCACUAGUGUUGACGACGGGGCCCAGUGGUUUUGUUCAGCCAUGUUGGAUCUGGGACCAGAGGGACCCCGACCUCCUGCUGUGAUGGAAUCAGAGCGCCUCAACACCACUGUGCACUUCGCUCCUGAGUUCUCCUGUUCUGCCAAGCUAGAGGUGCGAGCGGGGGAGGGGCUAACUUGUGAUGUCAGAGGCAAUCCCCUCCCAUCGGUCAUCUGGCUGAGAGACGGACAGGUACUGACCCCGCCCAAACACCUGAGCAGAGAGGAUGCUGGGAAAUACACCCUCAUGGCUUUGAACCGUAUCGGAAGAGCCAAUCACACAGUGGAGGUGGAGGUCCUACAUGGCCGUGCUGCUAGAGGAGCUUCCUGUCAGGCUGCUGGGAGUGCCACGGUGGCUGUGCUGCUCCACCAGCUCAUUUAUUGGCUAUAUUGAAUGAUUAUUUUAUUGAUUGAACGGUUGAGUUAUUCAUUGACCAAUCAGGACACCGAUCUCUGUGCUGGAGCUUUGUGAUUUGACAGUGAUCUGUGAGGUCAGUCUUCAAUAGAUCUGGAAUCAGAGUUAGUAGAAAACCCUUUUUGCCUAAAUGUGAAAUGAGCUGUUUUGAAAUGUGUUAUUUUGAAGUAGUGCUAUUGAACAGGUCUGUAGUUAAGCAAUAAGGCCUGAGGGGGUGUGGUAUAUGUCCAAU